UCCAUUGAAAAGUCAAGUGGUAGCUAUUAAUUUUGAGCCCUUUGAAGAGUAAACACUAUAAAAGGGUGGAUGAAAUCGCUAGGGGGCUAUGCAACAGCCUCCUUUCUGGACUGAAAUAGAAAAGAAGGAACGACUCUAGCCAUGGUCUCUGAUAAGAAGCUUGUUCAAGAGGUAACCGGAUGGCUAAAGGUGUUUGAUGAUGGCUCUGUGGAUCGAACAUGGACUGGUCCGCCUGAGGCCAGGUUCAUGACCGAGCCUGUACCCCCACACCAUGAGUUCAAGAACGGAGUUGCCACUUCUGAUGUGAUCAUCGACCCUACUUCCGGCCUUACUGUCCGAAUUUAUCUACCGGAGAAGAAACCGGGAGAUGAGGAUAAGCUUCCCGUCCUCCUCCAUUUCCAUGGAGGUGGCUUUUGCGUAAGCCAAGCUGAUUGGUACAUCUACUACCACACUUACACCGUGCUUGCAAUCAGGGCCAGAGUCAUUUGCGUCUCCGUCUACCUCCGGCGAGCUCCGGAAAACCGGCUUCCGGCUGCUUGUGAAGAUGGUUACUCUGCUCUUCUUUGGCUUCAAUGCGUGGCAAAAGGCCAAUCGGAGCAGCCAUGGCUGCACUCUCAUGCAGAUUUCACACGUGUUUUCCUCAUUGGAGAUAGCUCAGGAGGAAACCUAGUUCACCAGGUGGCUGCAGUCGGGGGGAAGAUGCAACUGAGCCCCCUGAGACUGGCCGGAGGAGUUAUGAUCCACCCGGGCUUCGUCCGGUCCGAGAGGAGCAAGUCAGAACUACAACAAGAGGACUCUCCCUUCCUAACCCUAGAGAUGGUGGACAAGUUCUUGAAGUUGGCACUUCCGGUUGGAAGCAACAAAGAACACCCAAUUACAUGCCCAAUGGGGGCGGCAGCGCCACCGAUCAGCGAUCUGAAACUUCCACCGCUGCUGCUUUGCGUGGCGGAGAAGGACCAGCUCAUGGACACAGAGAUGGAGUACUAUGAGGCCAUGAAGAAAGGUGGCAAGGACGUUGAGCUGCUGAUUAACAUGGGAGUGGGUCACAGCUUCUAUCUUGACAAGAUCGCCUUGCUCACUGACCCCCACACAGCUGCCCAAGCUGAUCAUCUCAUUGCCGGGAUCACAGAUUUCAUCAAAAACCACUGAAUCCUAAUUGCUUCUUCUCCCAAGAAGCAAUUUAAUUACAUAAAGCAAAAUAAGAUUAAGUUAAUGCUGCAUUAGUGUUAUAAGUUAGUCACAAAAGGCAUAUCGUGCUGUUCAGGCUAGCCAUCCAAACAGAUCGCAAUAUAGAGAUUCAACUGAGAAAGAAGUGGCCUUUGCUGUUAAUUAAGUAGCGUCUCUAUUGUUGAUGCCUCGCGUCCAGGGAAAGUGCGCUUUCAACCAAGGAUGAAUUCUGGCUCAGUCAAUCCUGCAAAAGAUGUUUGGACAGGAUGUCUGAACACACCCUCCGAUGGUUUUGUUAGUCAUGACUCAAAGGAUUAGGUUGUUGUCCUUUUUCUGAGUUAGCUGGCUUACCUUCUUUUUUGCGUGAAGACCCUUUUAUAUAGUGUCAGAAGUUUUGCUCCCCUCUUUAAUGGUGGGAAGACUUUUUGAUUUGUCAUGAUAUCUCUGAUGUGAUGACAGAAUCAUCAUCACCUUGCAGGCGACUGUCAGAAAUCGUGGGAGGUGACUUGUCAUCACUCCUGUCCUUUCGCUUUGCAGGCGGCGAAACGUGGACUGUGACAGGCUGUCUAGGGUGAUUCAGCAUGACUUGCUUUUUACGAUUAAUGGUCCAGACAAUGUAUCCAGAUAGAAUAGAGCACCGUCCGAGUAUAAUAUUUGAGAGUAUCGUGUGCCCCCCGGAGGACCCGGAUAGAGUUGGCGUGCCACGUGGACUUUGGGGAGGGGGUCCCUACAUCUAUGAUGUUUUCAACACCUGUGAUACUUGGUCACCGUCAUCACAGUGUGUAGCAGGCACAUUUAGAGACAUGAUCUGUUUCCUUACUUCAAAUUGUUUUCAUCUUCAUACUUGGUGUAACUGUGACUUUUGAAAAGGAUAUGUCUAGUGUUAAGUUGUUUUCA